UCAAUAGAAUGGGAUGUGUCGGAAAUACUCUUUAAAACGUUUGUUUUUAAAUAAGGCAGAAAAACAAUUGCUAUAGUUUAAAAAGAAAAAAAAAUGUGGUAUAAAAAGAAGAAAAUGUGGUGUAUUUUUGUCUUAAAUUGGCUUUUCGUCAUAGAAAAUGUGCACGCAGUGGUCACAUGGACUACUCCGACCAAUGGUCAGUCCAUCAGCAAGGCAGAGAACACAACUGUAGACACUGUGAUCGUAACAUUGGCUGCUGAUAAUGCUACCACGUAUACACUUGUCAGCCAGACACCAGACACCGGAAAAUUUGACAUACCAACGAACACCAGCAAACUCAAACUUAUUGCUACCUUAGAUUUUGAAACAGAAAAAUCGUACACACUUGUUCUCAGGGCGGAUGAAGGUACCGGCCAGAACGCAGAUAUAACCUAUACAGUGAAUGUGACAGACGUUAACGAAGCCCCAGUAUUCAGCCCCACAAGUGCAUCUCAAAAUGUAGAGUCUGGUACUUCAUCAGGCACUAUUUAUGACGUAUCUCAGAACGUCACAGACCCUGAAGAAGAUGCGAUAACAUACUCGAUUUCAGGGUCUGACCUUUCUGUUGAUACAAACGGAGCUGUAUCUCCAAAUACAACAUUAAAUUACGACCCAGAUUCACCAAGCAUAACAGCUACAGUUACUGCCCGCGAUGAUGAAUUUUCAGCAACAUUCAAUUUAACUAUUAACAUCAGGACUGUUCCAGUAUUUAACUUCACUAGUAAUCCUAUGGAUUUUCCGGAAUCUUCCGCCGCUGGUAGCACUUUAUAUACAUAUGCUUAUACCGAUGACGACGGUGACACUUCUCCAACAUUCAGCAUAACUGCCCAGUCCGUCGACGGCACGUUUGAACAAAGAGGAAAUACAGCCAUUGUGGUCGCUUCUGGACGAUCUUUCGACUUUGAAGGGAACACGACACAAUAUAAUAUCUCCAUGCAAGCCGUUGAUGCAAGUGGUUUUACAGGAACGGCCACACUUACAGUGAAUAUCACCAAUGUCAAUGACGAGAAUCCCAAAUUUACUUCGUCUGCUGAUCCAGUUUACGUUCCUGAAACAACGGCCACAGGUACUACUGUCUAUACUGUUCAAGCGACCGAUGAUGGGGAUUCAAUGAACUACAUCAUAGUUGACGGGAAUACAGGCACUGACUUUCAGAUUGCCAACAGCAGCACUGGGACAGUAACAGUUGCUAAUACUUUAUCAUUUACCAGAACGUCGGAGUACAAUUUAGUAUUUCAAGCGGAUGACGGCAGCCAACAAAGCAAUCAAACAGUUAUGUUUAACAUUAAAACUGUUCCACAGUUGACAUUACCAGAGUCGAAUACAAAGGAAAUCAUGGAGACUGUUAGCAUUGGUCAUACAGUAUAUACGUUCGAAGCUUCAGAUGCCGACGGAGACACCAGCUUCACAUAUUCUAUUGUGGAACAGUCAGACGAUGGAAAAUUCGAUGUGAAUGCCGACAGUACGGCGGUUGUGACCAAAGCCGAGUUUGAUUAUGAAAAUGGGGAUAGAAAUUUUACAAUAACUUUAAAUGUGUCAGACACAUUUCCCUUGACAUCCACAACGGUUUUGACUGUUGCUAUAGGCCAGCUGUCCAAAAUGUUAUUUCACAUAUCCUUCUAACUUCAGAGCCGUUGA